AUGUCAUCACCUUGGAUUUUAUUUUUAAUAUUUGCCACGUGUAUUUUCACCGAAUUUGCUUUGUCUUCAGAAUUAUGCCACGUCCCUCCGAGUUUGUGGUGCUCUUCACCAGAUACAAUCACUGCCUGUAAAGUUGAGCAACAAUGUGCCAGUUGGAACAAACAGACAGAGCUUGUCAAUUUUACUUUGUAUUAUGAAAGCUUGUGCCCAGAUUGUCAAUUGUACAUUGUGGGAGAGUUCUACAGAGCCUUCAAGAAAGUUGGCUCUUUAAUGCAUAUUGAAUUGGUUCCAUUUGGAAAUGCUUAUGAGGUUAAAACACCUAAAGGCUGGAUAUUUGCCUGUCAACAUGGUCCAAGAGAAUGCCAGCUGAAUAAAAUUGAGGCAUGUGCAAUAAAGAAAUUUGAAAACUCUACCAAUGUUGUACCAUUCAUAUAUGGACUCGAGCACUGUUUGAUGAAAAAUGGAGAUGAUACCAAGUGUGUACAAAUAAUGAGCCAGAAAUAUGAUCUUGACUAUAAUAAUCUUAUGAGAUGUGCUAAUGGUUCUGCUGGUAUGAAAUAUGAACAUGAGAUGGCAGCAAAAACAAAGGUUUUAAAUCCUCCCAACCAAUAUGUACCUUGGGUCACUCUAAAUGGAUUUCAUUCAGAAGAGAUUGAAGCCAAAGCAGAAAAGGAUCUAGUUGCAUUGAUCUGUGAAACUUAUCAGGGUCCAGGCAAAUCCCAUUGGUGUCCAACAGAUUCACUGCAGAGAUGUAAAAAAAAAAAAAACUAA